GUACAAUUUACCCACUACUUGUAGAAGAUGUGUUGUGUACGGAGAUUUUUUUUGUGCGCGACCAAUGAAAAACCACACGAUGGAUUGCUUUAUAAUUGUAUCACGUCCAUUCAGUCAUGUAAGAACAUGCGCGACAGAGGACACAAUUAACUGCAUAAAUUCGAAACCGAAACAGGUCAGCGUCGGCGAUACAUCGUUGUACAACUCUCUGUGAAGUAGACUACGGGGAGUGGACCUUUGGAAAAACGGUCUUCGUGCUGCACGCUUCUCCGAUUCUGGCGGACGGAGCCCCGAAAUCUCGACUGCGGCACGACGUGUCGCGCUGCUCACGUGAUAGUGUCACACGAGUCGUGGAACAAAAAUUGUGUCAUCGAUUCACGUGAAUUCAACCACAUUCAAUACAUUUUGCUCAAUACUGAAGCCCCGCGGCAGGGACUCGAAUUUUUCUGACAAAACCGAUAAUUGAACAUGAACAAUACAUGAGCG